AUGAAUGAAAAUUGCUACGACAUUUGCCUAGUGAAAGAGCAACAGUUUAGGUCGAGGUCUAAUGACAAAGCUAAUAAACCUCACAGCGACAACAACGUUUGUUCUACAUCAGAAAUUAGUGACAUACCAUUGGGAGAAUGUGAGUUUAGUCAGUCAAUCAGUCAAUCUAAUAAGCAUGUGCUUUUACAAACAGACUCGCAUUGGCAGCAUAUGAUGGAAUUGAUCCAGCAACAUAUUUUCCUUGGCAUGCCAAAGCGUUUGCCUAAUUAA